AUACAAUUUGAUGACAGAAAGUUGAGAUAAAAGAGAAUUGAAACAGGGUGGAAUGAAACAUACAGAUGUUUCCGUAUACACACAGCUAGAAGCAUAUAUUUAUAUGUGUAUAUUAUUUCUGAAAUUUUCACUUAAAAUGUAUAAUAAACAUAUACUUCCCAACGUAUUGCACUGCAGAAAAAUUUAUAUAAAAUGAAUGUAUACAAGAUGAUUUUUGAUUCUAAUUAAAAUCGGAUUAUGAAGGAGUUUGCAACAUCUACAAAUAUUAACAAAGACUGCAGUUGAUGGAAAUGUAACAGAGAAAAUAUUUGGAAUAAAAUAUAUAAACAUUUGAAAAUGAAAAUAUAUAUUGUGAUAGGAAGGAAAAUUAGAUAAACAUUUGUGUGAGAAUAUGGUUGAAUAAAAACCACAGUGGAUUGAUUGAUGUCAAAAAAUAUUGGGAAAAUAUAACACUGUAGUAUUUGUAAAAUGUCAUUCUCUCAAAAAGAUGGCCUCACUACUAACAAACUUAUUCACAGAAAGGAUAAGCCAUAUCAUUGUGACGUCUGUGAUAAAUCAUUCUCUCGAACUCACCACUUAACCGAACACAAACACAUUCAUACAGGAGAGAAGCCAUAUCACUGUGAUAUCUGUGGUAAAUCAUUCACUCAGAAAAGUACCUUAACUAUUCACAUACGCAUUCAUACAGGAGAGAAACCAUAUCACUGUGAUAUCUGUGGUAUUUCAUUCUCUGAAGGAAAUAGCUUAACUGUACACAAACAAAUACAUACAGGAGAGAAACCACAUCACUGUGAUAUCUGUAGUAAAUCAUUCUCUCGAAGCCAUAACUUAACUGAACAUAUGCGUAUCCAUACAGGAGAUAAACCAUAUCACUGUAAUAUCUGUAGUAAAUCAUUCUCUACAAGUAGUAGCUUAACAAAACACAUACGCAGUCAUACUGGAGAGAAACCAUACACCUGCGACAUCUGUGGCAAAUCGUUAUCUACAAGCAGUAGCCUAAGUACACAUGUACGUCUUCAUACAGGUGAGAAGCCACAUGGCUGUGAUAUCUGUGGUAAAUCAUUCUCUCAGAAAGGUAAUUUGACUGAACAUAGACGUAUUCAUACAGGAGAUAAACCUUAUCACUGUGAUAUCUGUGGUAAAUCAUUUUCUGAAAAUCAUCAUUUAACCAAACACAAACACAUACAUACAGAAGAUAAACCAUACUAUUGCGAUAUCUGUGGUAAAUCAUUCUCUCGAAAUCAUACUUUGAUUGAACACAAACAAACUCAUACAGGAGAGAAGCCAUAUUGUUGUGAUAUUUGUGGUAAAUCAUUCUCUCGAAAUUUUCAUUUAAUCGAACAUAAGCACAUUCAUACAGGGGAGAAGCCUUAUCACUGUGAUGUCUGCAGCAAAUCAUUUGUUCGAAAAAGACAGUUGACUACGCAUGUGUGUAGUCACACAGAAGAAUAACUGUCAACAUCAGAAGGGUUUUUGUAAAAGCAAUAUUUUAUAUAACAAUAAAUGUAUUUACACAUGAAAAGAUAUGAUAGGGUGUGAGAGCAAUUUAGGGAUCUAUUUCAAAACGGGGGCACCAGUUUUCAUUAAUGUUUUAUGUAGUGUUUUUGGUACCGAAAGACUUUCAAACUUCGUAUACUUAUCUAUUUUGUGUUAUAGAACAGAAAAAAAUUUUUGUAUUCGAAUUUAUUUCAUGUAAAAAAAUUGUCUUAUUUCGAUAAUUUCUACUAAUCACUAACGUCUAUUCAGUUGAAAACAGUUAGCGCUGUAACGGUGUAUAUCAUAUUAAUCCCCUAACCCUAACCCUAACUAGACUGUUAACCGUAACCUUAACCCUAAAACUAACCCUAACUCUAGAAUCCGAACUCUAAAAUUGUUACACACAUAGAUACGCGCAGCGUAAUUUAUUAUAUAAACAAUAUAUGUGUAUAAAUUACGAUUAAACCGGAUGAAAUAUGUCACAGGGAAUAACAUUUUUAUGACCGCCCAGCAGUAACU